GCAACUUGUCAGCACGUAGUCGAGGCUCUGGACGUGGCAGUGGCGGCAGCUCUCCGUUACUUCCCGCUGCGAGGAAAUACGCUGGCGGUUUAGGAUUGGACGAAGAAAACGCUUUAGUCAACGAAUUCGAUAUGUUCGAACCUAGUGUCUUUGGUGUUCCUGCCUCAAAAUCCGCUCUAGUCGAUGAGCCAGAUGACGACUUCGCUGGUCUCGUUCCUGGUCUCUACGUAGACGAGCGCUUGCGCAAAACCGAUUUCGACAAACUGAAUUUGUCUGAAAAGGACCGCCGACGCCUAGAAAAGAGGUGGAAAGCAAGAGAGCAAGAAUCCUACUUGUUAGCGCAGGAGCAAGCCAGGAUGGAUGAGAGUAGAGUUAAGGGUAUUGUUCCUGUUGCCGUUUCUUUUGCCUCAUCAUCUCCCAAGGGAGAAAGGGAGAAAGGCAGAAGAAGAAACCGGAAACAGAAACACCAAAAUAAACCUACUUCUAAUAGAGGGAAGAACAAAGCUGAUGAGAAACCUAUGCCAGGUGAGCAGAUUGGGAAUUACUACGGGAAGAAAAUGGAGAUCAUCCGACAGCACAAGAUGACAGAUGCGGAACGCAGAGCAGCGGCUGCGGAAGUAAAAGCCUUGAGAGGUCGAUUGCAGUAUCGCUUUGGGUCGAAGCGUGUGGAGGAGGAGAAUGACAAUUAUGGCCGCGAGCUUUUCACUCGUCCAUAACACAUGCUCAUGCACAUAACACAUGUUGUUAAGUGGUGAAUCUGAACGAUGUUCCAUUCCGAUUGAAAGAUACAAUCCCCUCUAAAAAUUAAUAGCCUGUAGGUCAAUCAAAAUUCAAAACUAGAACUAAUCAAAAAAAAAUUUUUCUAAGAACCAAUCGCCGCUCGCAUAAGUCAAGAAGGCGCGAGGAACGCGACAGGGGCCAACACUAUUGCGACUAUUGAUAACACGACAACAGCUGACUCUAGAAAUCCAACAGGAGGUGAGUACUAUCCAGAGACUGGCGAAGGAGCCGCUUCCUCUUCCUCCUCCCCAGAAGAUGGCGACGACGCCAGUGCCGACAGCAUCACUCUGCAUAUUCCGAAUCCAGACAGAAACUCUGCUAGUCCGCCACCUAGUAUUCUCAUCAACGGAACAGAUGGAGCAAGAGCUUCCAAAACUAAUGCUGGAGUGAACAAGGCAGUGAACUUCUUUGCCUCUGCUUUGGGUACAGCUAGUCCUAGUGUAGGUAGUGGUCCUAGUUUGGCCGCGGGGUCGCCGGACAAAAACAUCAAUUAUGCUCGGUUUUUAUCUACCUCUCUCUCUCUCUCUUUCUCUCAGCAUCUUGGUGUUGGAUUUGGUGCCCGCCAUAGAAUCAUUCAAUACAAGGGUUGUAGGGAUACCGAUACCAAGCUAACAAGCGAGUCGAGAUGGAUGAGAACAAACAAGCUUGAUCCGAUCAUGGAUGAAAACAAAUAAGACACUCAUGGAUUUUUAAAACACUCAUGGAUUAAAACACUCAUGGAUUAAAACACUCAUGGAUUAAAACACUCAUGGAUUAGAACACUCUCUAAAUCAUCAAUGCGAAUGGAGCAGCUGAACAACCAGGCUUACUCGAGUCGUUGUGGAGCAACUUCGGGUUCGGAGGCUCUGCAAUUGGAGCAGCUUCGCCUUCAAAGCCCACUACGAAUCAACAACAGCUCAACAGAAUCACAGGUAGGAUGGAGUCACCCGGAAGCGCAGCAAAACGAGGAGGUGGCCAUCAACUUGGCAUACCUGUUACGGCUUCCCCUAUAAUCCCUCUGCUCCAGACACUUUUCUACUAGAGAGUUCCUCUAUAAUCCAUAUCCAUCUGCUCCAGACACUUUUUUUUAGCGCUGUUCUUUUCUAGAGAGAUAUUCAUAUUUGUUUUUCCUACUCCUAGUUAUAGGUCUGCUCCACCAAUAUAAAAAUCUGAGGCUCUCUUCAGUUCCAUAAGGGGAACGGGAAAACAGAUCUGAAUAAUGAGUCGCAGGAAGAUGGAUCAUUAGACUUCACUCGUGAGCGCUAAACCUGGCUCAGGCGACAAGAGGACUGGUGGUCGUGGUCCUGUCAAUAAGUACUCAAAGGAGUACGAGGACAGACUGAGGCAUCCUGGCAGGAAUCGAUCUCCUACGAGAAAGAAUCAAGAGUUUGCGCCAGUGCAGUUUGAAGAGAAGUCGCCUCUGAGUGGGAAGAGAAGAUAAAAUGAGUGGGCGAUGGGAAAAACUUCGCAGAAGUUCUACUUAGAAGAGUGCUCCGCAAUUGAGAAUUAUAUGGCUGUUAGUGUUACAGCGCUCCGCAAUUGAGAAUAUGGCUGUUCUUACCACAAGUUGUUUAUAGAUACUUCCACAUCAACAAGUCAUUUAUUACUUAUAGGAUAUGCUUACCAUUAUACCAUUACUUGCUAAUGAAGAUUUAUAAUUCCACUAUCGUCUAGUACAAUUGCAUUUUUAUAGUUACCAUCACUUUUUUACGGUCACGUAAAUAUGAUGAAUGUGUGUAGUUAGUCAUCUUAUUUUUGUUAUACUUUCCCUUAACCUUAACCUUUGAAUCUUGUUUUUGAAGCUGAUGAAAAUCUUAGCUAGUUGUUUCGUUGUUUUUUUACGUAUAGAUACAUACUUUGAAGAACCAACACUGACUUAUUACACUUAUACCGAGGUUAGGUGGCACAACAGACAUUGAACUGAAUUUGAAUUAUCCUAAAAGGGUGUGAAAAUAGCUUGCCCUACUAGUACUACUGCGAGACGAUCAUGUUGAUGUUCUCGCGAGUUAUAGUCUUCCUCAAUUAUUUCCGUUAUUACGAAAAUGUUGAAUCGUAUUCGUAUUUUGUGAUGAAUUGGCAUUGAACUACAACUACUUUCUAUUUCUCCUAAUUGUGACUGUUGUAAAGUAAAUUAGUUGUGAUAUCAUCGGUGUAUUAUACAUGAGUCAGACAUGCUAGCGAGAUAAUUAAGUUAGAAAUUCUACCACACUGUUAGAUCCCAUGCUUGCCUUAGCAACUGUGGAGUGCGCCAGCUCUUGCUGCUGCACUUAUAGAAUCAUACUCACGAGCGACACUAUUUCGCUUUUCGAAUCAUGUGCGCGCUUCUCGUGAUCGGUCUUCUCGUUUGGAAUGAACGUAUCGCGAGAUGAUAUCCCGCAAUCGGAAUCGGUUCCCUUCUCCUUGUUUUCACCUAGUAACGACACAGAGAGGAUAACGUCGGAGGUCCCUUUUCGUCCUGCUCUCAACAUCUUCUCGGUAACGGGCCUGGGCGCGUGUGCAGAUAUGCAGGCGGUGGACAAGUGGAAGCAGUAAGAGGAAGGAGAAGAAGACGAAGUUUAUAAUAAAUAGAUGUAGCAGGGGAGUAAUGCUUUUAGGCUGGAUAUAGCCGUAUCAUGGGGGGAUGAUCUCGGGUUGAGUUGGCUCACUUAAAGGCAAUAUCAGAUGCUUCCCCUUCCAUACAGCGCGGUGAAUAAUUGCCUGAACUGUUCUUGCGCAGCCUUUUGAAUUUGAUUCCAGACCUCUGCCGAGGUCCGGGCGUUUGAUUCCAGAGUCUCUCAGGGCCUCUGUUUAGUAGAUAGAAAACAGUUCCAUGGGUAAAUUAGGUGGGACUUAUUCAGUACAAGGCGAUCCCGAACUAACUUGAUAGUGGGGACCGUCGGAUGACUUGGCUAGUGGAAGACUUCUAAGUGAGCGAACGAUAUGAAGUUGUAGAUGCUCUUCGAAGUUCAUGCCUUCAAUUGUUUGCUCAUGCAGAAACACUAGCACUCACUAUAGGUCGACUGAAGAUAAACUUAGUUCUAUCGCGUAAGGUGCCAUGCUGUGAUGUUAUCACAUGCCAGGCAUCCGACACCUAGCCAAGAGCUGAGGUCUGUUGAAAAGCCUGGGCGGAGCAGAACUAGGUUAGGAUUACGCAAUCGCAGGAGCAGAACUCUUUUUUUUGCCAAGACAGAUUGUUUGAUUUUCGAACAUUUUCACAUCCAGGACACAGC